UUUAGAAGGGGAGAGGGGGAGAGGGGGUGAGAUAGACAGGGGGAGUGAAAAUGAAAGAGAGAGGUUAUGGGAAACAAAGAUGCAAACUGAGAAGGAGAGUCAGGGGGAUAAGGUAAGGAAGAAGGAGCUGGAGACUGAGAGAAAGCGUGAGGGGGAUAGAGAGAAAGAGGAGGAGAGAGGGAGGGGAAAUAGAGAAGAGAUCCAGAAGAAGGAAGAAAAUCAGGUGGUGAUAGAGAGGGAGAGGAAGAUGGAGAAGGAGAGGCAGAGUCAACAUCCUUGGCAAGGGAAGGAGAUAAAGAAUGAGAAAAAGAAAGAGAGUGAUCAAGACAAGAAAGAAAGUGAUCAAGAAGAGCCCGGGAAGAAGAUAGAGAAAGAGGUAGAAAAAACUGUCCAAAGUGUGCAGAGAGACAGCAUAGGACCGCUGAUGACAGAUGAUCAGGACACGACCUCACCCAGCCCAAGCAAUGGUUUUAAACAUGACUCAAUCCCCAGACCUGACUCCUCAGGACCAGAUCAAAAAUCAAACUCCAUCCCUAGACCUGCCACCAAUCCCAGCCCAAGAUCUAGCUCAGACACCAGCCGUGGAUAUAUUUCAAGUCCUUCCUCCAGCUCAACCUCUAGCCCCAGAUCUUCCUCCAUCUCCAGCACAAGGACAAGCUCAAACCUUAACACAAGCUCCAGUCAAAGGACCAUCUCCUCUUUACCUCACCAGGGAGCCACCAGGUCCGACCCCAUCACAACCCCAAGUUCAGGCACCAGCUACAGGACUGCCAGAACCAGCCCAAGUAUCACAACAAGCACAAACCAAACAACCACCAGCUCAUCAAAAAGGACUACUAGCCCAAGAAACAGACCUGUCCAGAAGCACAAGCCCAACCAAGCUAAACAGGCCAUCAGACCCAGACUUAAGUCCAGACCACCCAGUCCGACUAGCUCCUCCAGUUCAACGGCCAGCUUCACUAGCCUCAGCUCAUGGACCACCACCACCAGCUCCAGCCCUGCAUGGACAAGGACAAAAAAAACAACAGGACUCAACACUAAACCUAAACUAAAACCUAAACCAGGCCAAAAGCCUAUUCCAGGCCUAAGACCUAAACCUGGACCAAAACAAAGGCCUGUUCUAAAGCCCAGCCCAACCAGCUCGUCCAGCUUCAACUCUAAGACCACUCUCAGAACUGGCUCAACUUCAACCCCUACUUGUAGCCUUAACUCUGCAAUCAGCUUUACAAGACCCAGUCUACAGUCCACUAAGACAAGUACCAGCCAAAUCAGCACCAUGCUGGGACACUCUUCAGCCACCACCACUAGUCCUAGCUCAAAUAUUACCAGCCCAAGCUACAGGACCACUAGUUCCAGCCCUGUGGCCAGCAGUAGCAGUAGCUCAACUCCAGGAACUAAAACCACUGCUAGACCUAGCCCAAGGAACACCAGUCCAAGCUCCAGAAUUGGGUCCCGGUGGACCCCCAGACCUGACCUAAAGCCAAAACCAGGCACAAGGCCUAUUCCAGGCCCCAGACCCAAACCUGGAUCAAAACCAAAGCCUGUCCUGAAGCUCAGACCAUCAAGUCCAACUGGCUCCUCCAGCUCCAUUCCAGAGGCCAAUCCCAGAACUGGUUCUCCUCCAGCCACCACCAUUAACCUUAGCCCACAGACCAUCAGUUCAAGCAUCCAGGCCAGCACUUCCAGCUCAAGUUCAACUCCAGAAACAACAACCACCACAAGCCCCAGCCCAAGGACUGGCUUCACUUCUCUCAGCUUAAGGUCCACUAGUACUAGCUCCAGCCCUGAGAGGACAUCUGUCCAAAACCCUGAACCCAACACAACGACUACCAGACCUAGGAUUAAGCCCCAACCUGGCCUACAGCCCAGACCUGACCUACAGCCCAAACCCGGCCUAAAACCUGAACUACAGCCCAAACCAGGCCCAAAGCCUAUUCCAGGCUUAAGGACUAAACCUAGACCACAAUCAAAACUCAUCUUAAAACCCAGACCACCCAGCCCAACCAGCUUUAAUCCAAAGACCAGUAACAUAAAUGGUGCAACUUUAACCCCCACCACUAGCCUCAGCCCUGGGAUCAGAAGCCACAGUCGUCAGACCAUGACGACAAGCCAAAGUAGCACCACACCGGGCCACACUCCAGGCAUCACCCCAAAGAUAACUAACCCAAGUUACAAGACCACUAGUUCCGGCCCUGGGGCCAACCUCAGCAGUAGCACCACUAGCUCUAGCUCAAAGAUCACCAGUUCAAGGAUCUGGACAGGCUCUUUCAGCUCAAGCAUCAUCACACUAAACCAAACCAAAACCACCCCUAGCCCCAGCUCAAUGACCAGCUUCACUAGCCUCAGCUCAAGGACCCCCAGUACCAGCAUCAGUCCAGAGACAAAUUCUGCACAACAUCCUGAACCCAGCUCAACAAGCAUUAAGCCCAAACCUGGCCCAAAACCCAAACCAGACCAAAAGCUCAAGCCAGGCCCAAGCCCUAUUCCAGGUCCAAGACAUAAACCGGGACCAAAACUUAAACCUGUCCUGAAGCCCAGAACUGCUCCAAAGCCCUGGUCCAAAACCACCAGCCAAGGUCAAAGGACCACUUCUCCCACACCUAGCCCCAAGACAUCUAGUACCUCAAGCCAAAGGACCACGACUGACCCCAGCCCACAAAUGACCGCAAUCCCUGGCUCAAGAACUACAAGACCUAACCAACAAACUACCCUCAGCUCUAGCUCAAAAAACAUCUUUAACACUAGCCGGAAAACAACCACUAGCCCUGGCACAAUUACCACUACUAUUGCCAGUCUAAAACGUAAGACCAGCUCAAGCCAACAGAUUAGCAUAAACCCUAGCCCCAAAACUUCCACUACUAAACCCAUCCCAUUGGCCAACUCUAACCAUAGUCCAACUACCACCAACCCUGAGUCCUCUACCCCCAGCCCCAUACUUGAGUCUUCCGCCCCCAGUGUGAGAGAACUUAGUGUGAAGACCAGCCGGGUAUCUGCUAGUCUGAAUGACACAAAGGACACAAGUGGGCGAAAGGUUUUACAAGGAGGGCACCCAAAGGUCCUGCUCACAGAGAAGGACCAGGUAGGCAGCAAGACUGACAGAACAGGGAACCAGCCUCAAAACCCUGCACAGAUUUCACCAGGAGUUACCAUGGCACCCAGAGACUGCUCUGACCACAUGGCCAAGGGGGAAAGGAACAGUGGGGUCUACCAAGUGACCCCUGACCCUAAGAAUGUAACCAUCGCAGUGUUCUGUGACAUGGAGUCUCAUGAUGGAGGGUGGACCAUCAUUCAGCUCCGUCAGGACGGCAGUGUGAACUUCAACAGGACAUGGGCUGAAUACCGGACGGGCUUCGGUAACAUGAGGGCUGGGGAGUUCUGGCUGGGCAAUGACCACAUCCAUCUCCUGACCCGACACAGGGAGAUGGUCCUCCGGGUGGAGCUGGAAGACUUUAACAGAGUGAGGGAGUACGCAGAGUACAGGCUCUUCCGUGUGGCUGGCGAACGGCUGCGGUACCGCCUGUCUGUGGGUGGGUACUCGGGCACGGCGGGAGAUGCACUUCAAUUCAGCAAGAGUUACAACCACAACAACAGGUUCUUUACGACUCCUGACAGGGACUAUGACCGCUACCCUUCAGGGAACUGUGGGGCCUACUACAGCUCAGGCUGGUGGUUUGAUGCCUGCAUGGCUGCCAAUCUCAACGGGAGAUAUUAUGUGGGAAAGUACAAAGGGGUGAGGAACGGGAUCUACUGGGGGACGUGGCAUAAUAUAUCUACAGAGUACUACCCAACAAAUGACAGACAGUCUUUCAAGACUGUCAGAAUGAUGAUCAGGCCGAGAGGCUAUGCAAAGUGAGCUAAACAGCUGGCUCUUCGUUUGGCGUACUCAGCUGUUGCAAUUGUCAAACAGCGGGGCUGGGAAACCCUAUAAGGCCUCAGCAAUUUUUCAAUGGAUCCGCGACAUAAACAGGAAACAUGUAUUUUUUGGGGAGGAGCACUGUUUAUUAAUGUGCAAAUGCAGACAUUCAGAUUGUACUGCUGUUUCAUAUUUUGGGUGUUUAUAGUGGUUGUUAUUUAACAAGCAGUUUGAAUAUAUUGUAUCUUAUUUACUCUUUGACAUAUUAUAGUGGGUCAACACCUACAUCUUCUUGAUUUCUUGACACAGUUUUUUCCCCUAAUCGCUUUGGUGUUAUUUUCUCAAGAAUGUGGUACAUUUUCUACAAUUUUUUAACAAAACUCCAAACUGCUAAUACAUAUAACACAGCAAGUAUUUUAUUCAAAACCUUUUAUUGUGCAUUCAUUUUGUUUGGAGACAUCUUUCACCACACAACCUUUGAGCCAAAAUAUAAGUUUACAGUGAAAUAUCAUGAUAACAUUGAUUUAAUCACCAAAAUACAACAUAAUGAUAUCUUCUCAAUUUAGUUGUUUUAACAACCAGUUAAUUAAAUAGAAAAAUAUGCAAGGUACAUGGUCCAAAAUUUCCCUUUGAAUGUAAUAUGCUACAGUACUGUAAAUUACAGUACGUUACACUGUUUUAGCAGAAGGUAAUACAUUUGCACUACCCAUCACAAUUGACAAAAAAUCGAAUUUCCAUCAUUUCUAUCCAAUGUGUGAUCAAAAGUGUGAUCAACUUUCAAAAUCAUUGAUGCAAAAAAUAAAUAUAUUGUUCAGAUACAAUUACAACAUGAACUCAGCAAAAAAAGAAACUCUUUUUCAGGACCCUGUCUUUUAAAACAUAAUUCGU